AUGUCACUGCAAAAGCUCUUCAGCUGUCAUCUCAUAUUAGCACUAUCUAUAUAUCUUGUAGUGGAAAGUGCUGAUGUAUAUUACAGAUACCGUAUGUCAAGAUGCAUCUACAGCUCCUCUAAUAUCAGUGACAUGGUGUAUUUUGACAACUACUAUUUCAAUAAAUAUCUAUUCAUACAGUUUGACAGCACUUUGGGGAGAUUUGUGGGGUUUAAUGAGUAUGGAAUGAAACUAGCAGAGUUCUGGAACAAUGGCACGUUUGUGCAUGAAGAAAGAGAUAUUGGGGACUGGUUCUGCAAAGGUAAUGCUGAAAUCUUUGACUCCAGUAUCAUUGAUAAAUCAGUGAAACCAAAGGUUAAGCUCAGUUCAGUGUCGCAGGCUGGUGGCAGACAUCCAGCUGUGUUGAUGUGCAGCGCAUAUGAAUUUUAUCCUCCACACAUCAAAGUGUCCUGGCUGAGAGAUGGUAAACUGAUGACCUCUGAAGUGACCUCCACUAUGGAGAAGGCUGAUGGGGACUGGUACUACCAGAUUCACUCUGAGCUGGAGUACAGCCCCAAAUCUGGAGAGAAGAUCUCCUGUAUGGUUGAGCAUGCCAGCUUCAGUAAACCCAUGAUUUAUGACUGGGAUCCGUCUCUCCCUGAGUCUGAGAGGAAUAAAAUUGCUAUUGGAGCAUUUGGUCUGGUGCUGGGAAUCAUCAUCUCAGCUGCUGGACUCAUUUACUACAAGAAGAAAUCAACAGGGAGAAUCCUAGUACCUCAGUAA